UCACUUCCGCUGAGGCGCAUUCUACUUCCUGUGAAUGUGGGUCUGCUCUCUCUCUUUCUCGGCUCUGUCGUGAACGCCAUCAUGGGUCGCAUGCACGCUCCCGGUAAGGGUUUGUCCCAGUCAGCUCUCCCAUACAGACGCAGUGUUCCUACAUGGCUGAAGCUGACAUCAGAUGACGUCAAGGAGCAGAUCUUUAAGUUGGCUAAGAAGGGUCUGACCCCCUCGCAGAUUGGUGUGAUCCUGAGGGACUCUCACGGUGUGGCUCAGGUGCGCUUCGUCACCGGCAACAAGAUCCUCAGGAUCCUGAAAUCCAAAGGUCUGGCCCCUGAUCUGCCUGAGGAUCUGUACCACCUGAUCAAGAAGGCUGUUGCUGUGAGGAAGCACUUGGAGAGAAACAGGAAGGACAAAGAUGCCAAGUUCCGCCUGAUUCUUGUUGAGAGCAGAAUCCACAGACUGGCUCGUUACUACAAGACCAAGAGAGUUCUCGCUCCCAACUGGAAGUACGAAUCCUCCACGGCUUCUGCACUGGUGGCAUAAAUGUAAAGGCUUUACACACAAUAAAGACAAUUUGGAUGAAAA